AUGUCGCACGUGUGUACUACUGCUUUGCUCUGCGCGUGCGCGCUCGUUGUUUACGCCGCGGCACAACCUGCGCUGGGGCCGCCUAAGAAAUCCGCAAAAAAAGAGUCCAGGGUGGUGAAGGACAAACCGAUAGCCGUGAAAAAAAUGCCAGUUUACUAUAUGUAUCCGUUCAGCCUGUGGCCGUUGCCCAGAUUCAUGAAAACAGCUGUAAAAUUGCUAGAAGCAAAUCCAGAUGUGAAACGGCUGUACGAUGACCUAUUGAGCAACUACAAUCGGUUGAUUCGCCCCGUAACCAAUGUGAGCGACAUCCUAACAGUGCGACUGGGUCUGAAGCUGUCGCAGCUGAUGGAGGUUAAUUUGAAGAACCAAGUCAUGACGACCAACUUGUGGGUGGAGCAGAAAUGGUUCGAUUAUAAGCUUCAAUGGAAUCCAGAAGAUUACGGUGGCGUGGAGAUGUUGUACGUUCCGUCCGAGCAUAUUUGGCUUCCUGACAUCGUGUUGUAUAACAAUUGGGACGGAAAUUACGAGGUAACGUUAAUGACAAAGGCGACGCUGAAAUACACGGGUGAGGUGAACUGGAAGCCGCCGGCGAUCUACAAGUCAUCAUGCGAGAUCAACGUGGAAUACUUCCCCUUUGACGAGCAGACUUGCUUUAUGAAGUUUGGUUCGUGGACUUACAAUGGAGCUCAGGUGGAUCUAAAACAUAUGGAUCAAUCUCCCGGUAGCAGCCUAGUGCAUGUUGGCAUUGAUCUAAGCGAAUUUUACCUGUCAGUUGAGUGGGAUAUUCUAGAGGUGCCCGCCACUAGGAACGAAGAAUACUAUCCGUGUUGUCCUGAGCCUUUCUCCGAUAUUACAUUCAAAUUAACGAUGCGUAGAAAGACUCUAUUCUACACAGUGAACCUGAUCAUUCCGUGUGUUGGUCUUACGUUCCUAACUGUUCUAGUAUUUUACUUGCCGUCAGACUCCGGUGAAAAGAUUUCGCUCUGCAUCUCCAUCCUGGUGUCCCUCACUGUGUUCUUCCUUGGUCUGGCGGAGAUUAUACCGCCAACGUCCCUGGCGAUCCCUUUGCUUGGGAAAUAUCUGCUAUUCACCAUGAUACUCGUCUCGCUCAGCGUAUGGGUCACUGUAUGCAUUGUAAACGUCCAUUUCAGGUCGCCCUCAACGCACACCAUGUCCCCAUGGAUGAAGAAGCUGUUCCUACAGCUGAUGCCGAAGCUGCUGAUGAUGAGGAGGACGAAGUAUUCGCUGCCUGACUACGACGAUACUUUCGUAUCGAAUGGAUACACUAACGAGUUGGAAAUGAGUAGAGAUAGCCUCACUGAUGCGUUUGGUGAUAGUAAGUGUGACAACGGUGACUAUCGUAAGUCACCUGCUCCGGAAGAUGAUAUGCUUGGAGCCGGUGCUCACCAACGACCUUCUGUGACGGAAUCGGAGAACAUGCUGCCUCGUCACCUUUCCCCGGAAGUGGCAGCUGCGUUACAGAGCGUCCGAUUCAUAGCUCAACAUAUAAAAGAUGCUGAUAAAGACAAUGAGGUAGUUGAAGAUUGGAAGUUUAUGUCCAUGGUACUCGACCGCUUCUUCCUAUGGUUGUUCACCAUCGCGUGCUUCGUGGGGACCUUCGGUAUUAUCUUCCAGUCUCCGUCUCUGUACGAUACAAGGGUGCCAGUAGAUCAGCAGAUAUCGUCUAUUCCGAUGAGAAAGAACAAUUUCUAUUAUCCCAAAGACGUCGAGACUAUUGGGAUUAUCAGUUAA